AUGUCGAUUCUCAGUUCGCUAUCACCGGCCGAACAUUUGUUAAUUGGAAAGGCAUUGGCUCCACUUCGAAACGAAAAUGUCCUCAUUAUUGGUUCUGGUUCAACGAUCCAUGGAUUUAAGGAAGAUGAGGGACAGUCAAGUCAAUUUGGGGAUGCUCUUAUUCGAGCUAUGACAGAGUGCGACGAACACGAACGCGAACAUAUACUUCUCAAUUGGGAACAAAUGUUGCCACAUGCUCGUGUUAAUCAUCCUCACGAAGAACACUUAAUUCCACUUCACGUUAUUGUCGGUGCGGCCGGUGCAGAUCGAGCCGAUUGGGUCUAUGGUUGGCCCAGUCAAUUCCAAGAAUAUGUUGAUGUGACAACUACAAAUGGACAACAUAUUGCUCCUUGUUUACCGCAUGGUAGUAUAAUCUAUGUUAGUAUUUGGUCGAUCGGAACUUUUUUUAGUCAAGUUUAUCCACAUUUAAUCAAUAAUUUUGUUUUGAUUACGGGUGAAGGUGAUGUAGUCUCACCAGAUAUAGCUUAUUUAGAACGAGCUGAUUCUAAAAUUAUUCAUUGGUUUGGUCAAAAUGGAAAUAUUGAUGCUUCAAGAAGCAAAAAAUUCACACAUAUCCCAAUUGGGAUUCAAUGUUACGAGAUGAGCGAAGCAAUUAGAGAUAUUUAUAAGCAACAAAACCAUCAUAAAUUGCCUCCAAUCUAUGGUGAUAUCGAUGAACCAUCACAUUAUAUUCAACCAAUUGAUAUGACUCAUCGAGCAUUGAAUCAGAAGCACAAUCUUCAUGGGAAAAAUCUUUUAUUAAUUAAUUUUCAUUUAGCAACUGAUGGAACAGGGCUUCGUCGACGUAUUUGGACAAAGAUGUGUCCAAAAAAGAAUCGAGUUCCAUUUGCAACAUGCCUGAAAAAAACGUCCGGUGUUGAUAUGUCACAUCUUUCGUAUAUCUAUUCACGAAAUCGUGAAUAUGCGUUCUGGUUAUCACCACGCGGAAAUGGAAUCGAUUGUCAUCGUACAUGGGAAGCAUUGUAUCUUGAUGCUAUACCAAUCGUUUGGAAUUCAUCAUUAAAUAUUCUCUAUGAAGAUUUACCUGUUAUAAUUAUUCAAAAUGAUACAGAAAUCACUGAAACAUUUUUACGUGAGAAACUACAUGAAAUAUCAAUGAAAAAAUAUCAUCAAAUGAAUCAAGUGUAUCGAUUUGAAAAGUUACGAAAUGCUUAUUGGCGUCGUUUAAUUUUGAGGAAACCUCUAAUACUGGUUCAAUCAAAUGAACACUUGGCUCAACUUCAACGUGAACAUGAACAACGUCUUCAGGAACAACAACAAUCGACGCAAUGGAAUUGUACCUUAGAAUUAACAAAAAGAGCAGAGCACUUCAGUGAGAAACAACGAAAGGAAGAUCGUGAUUGGAAUCAACUAAAUGCUGAACUCGAUCGAAAUUUCACUGCAACACAUCAUCAAAAAGAGCUCGAAUUUCGUGAGACUGUCGAACUUGCUACCCAACAACGUAUAGCUCAAGAAAGACAACAACAUGAAUGGACAUUGGAACAAUAUCGUUCUCAACGGAUCAAAGAACAUCACCGGCAAGAACAAUUCCGUCAGGAUAAACAUGAUCUUGAUGAAUUUCUCGAUGCAUACAAUUUAACUAGUGCACCUAUACCACUGCUUCAACGAAAAGUGUUGAGUUUAUUUCGUCGAUUCAAUAUUCCACACAAAACUCUUCUCAUUCAAAUUCUCUACGAUGCAAAUCUUCUUCGUGAUAGCGAUAGUGAUUUUCCAAGGCGACGAAUUAGUUUGACACGAGUCAAUUUGAGUGGAAUUCAACUGGAAAAUAAAGAUGAAAUUGAUUGUCCCACUCAAUAUUUUAAUCAACUUGAUCUUAGCUACGCCACACUAAUUGGUGCGUCUUUUGAUUGCUUGUCACUUCGUAAUGCAUCUUUCUCAUCGACCAAUCUGACCUAUGCUUCCCUCACUCGUUCCGAUCUACGUGACGUCAAUUUCUUUGAUGCUAAACUUCGUAACACCAGUUUUCAAGAAGCCUAA